UGUUUGUUUGUUUUUCAAAUGGACCAGAUUCCACAGAUUUUAAUUUUAACAUAUGACCAAACCAUAGCAUUAAGGUCCUGCAUUUGCCAUUUGUACAUGCGUUUAAUAAAUAAACUUGGCAAAGAGUUUUCUUAAAGAGGAAAAUGACAAGAAAAGAAUGGUACACCCACACAUCCUACAGGCCUUUAUUGACUGGCUGUAAGUAGAAAAAAAAUUAAAUAACUUUGUCUCAGCUUUUGUUUUUUUCUGGUUAUCCACAAAACCUUUUCUGUCAUUCUCUUAAAUAUUUUCAGUAUUUCUGCCAUAUUUUAAAACCUGUUUUUCAUCUUCAAAUUUCUACACCUGAUGUUUAACUUUACCUCAAUAUAUCAGUAGCAACUGUCCACUCUGAGCUACAUUUGAGCUCCUGUGGAGAACAAACAGCUGCUGUAAAAAUUUAAACUGCCCUGUGAGAGGAUUCACCUGCUGAAGAUUAGAUAAGCCUUAAACUGACACGGUUUUUUGAAGUGAAUGUCAUUGACAUAGAUUUUGGUUGUAGUGUUGGUAAAUGAUAGCCUAAACAACAGUAUAGUAUAAGUAUAAGCCCUGCUAUAAAUCCAACUAUCUGUCCAGACCCAAAUUUGAAGCCAAUAGCCUUUUUAAAGUUAUAGCCAUGUACCCAUUUUGCUUUUUCUCAAAUUAUUAUUAUUAAAUACAUAAAUAAAUAAAGAAAUACAAACUAACAGGUGACUUGUCGUGAAUUAAAUGGUAAUAUUAGACUGAUAUAAAUUCAAAAAUUGGAAGGUUACUGAUUUGAUUUAACUGGCUCUCACUGAAAAUUUAAGUUUUAAAAUAUGCACAUUCAUUUAAUGAAGAUGUUUCUUAAGUGAAGCCAAAAAGAAGAAAUGAAUUCUGAUUAUCUUGUUAAGUUGUCUUGCCUUAUAGAGUCUUUUGUUUGGUAUUUGUCUCACGGGAACUGUUACAUAUCAUUUUGAACAUGCCUAAAUUCCAGUACCUUAUCUGUGAGGUGGGUUGGGUGUGUGCAUUUCCUGUUUCAUAUAUAAGACCUCCACAGAAUGAGCUGAACACAACUCCAACAGCAACAACAGGCAAGAUGACCAGUCUUUCUGCAAAGGACAAGAACACAGUCAAAGCCUUCUGGGCUAAAGUGGCUGGUAAGGAGGAACAAAUCGGCUGUGAUGCUGUCUCCAGGAUGCUGACAGUGUACCCUCAGACCAAGACUUACUUCUCCCACUGGAAGGACCUGCGCCCUGGCUCUGCCCCGGUGAAGAAGCACGGAGCAACCGUGAUGGCUGCAGUUACUGAUGCUGUCAGCAAAAUUGACGAUCUGACCGGAGCUCUUCUGAGCCUCAGUGAGCUGCAUGCCUUCACUCUGAGAGUGGACCCUGCUAACUUCAAGGUUCUGUCUCACAACCUCCUCGUGGUCCUGUCCACCAUGUUCCCCGAGGACUUCACCCCUGAGGUCCAUGUGGCUGUGGACAAGUUCCUGGCUGCUGUUGCUCUCGCCCUGUCUGAGAAAUACAGAUAAACUGCAUUAUGUGCUCGAGUACUCACUGACAGUCUCACAUGUAAUAAAAGAUCCAAUGCAAUUAAACUCUCAUGGUCGUUUGUGGUGAUCAUUUUUAAACAGUUGGAUUAUUAUUGUAGCUUUUACCAGGAAUGGGUUUUUUUUUCUCUUUAUGGGCUAAUUAAAGAAGAGUAGCGAUUGAUUUACUGAAAGCUUAAAUACACAACUUAAAAAUAGAGCAUGUGACGGUCCUCUGGAGCUAGUAGUACUGCCUUCUCAGGGAGGCUUGAGCUACAAAGACUCUCCUGGAAGCUGCACGGACCUCAGCAGUGAAGUAUUGACCUAAACGAGCAGCAACUACAAUGACCAGGCAGUCCCCCAGAACCAGCUAUUCCUGUUUUAUCGUCAUUAUUCCGAAUUGCUUUCUUUUUCUUCUUCCUAUUAUUAUUAUUAUUA